AUGGACCGCCAUUUCGACGACCACGGUGACGGCGACGGCCACGACGCAAGCAUCGCGGCCUCGAGCGGGCCGCGCCGCACCCGCCACUCGACGCGCAGCUCGAUUUCGUGCCUUGCGUGUCGGGAGAGCAAGGUGCGCUGCUUCCAGCUACCAGGCGGCACCGGCACCGCCUGCUCCCGCUGCGCACGCCGCCAGCUCGAGUGCAUCGUCCCCGCCACCACCAGACGCAACCGCCGCAGCACCCCGUCCGUGGCGGCACAGCCACAGCAUAGCGCCAGCAGCAGAAUCCUUGGCCCGUCCGACGCGCCCAUCGUGCCUGGUGGCCGCGAUCGUCUGCUGCCGUCCAUACCGGGUCUUGCCUCUUCCAGCCCAAAGCCAGCAUCGACAUCGACCCAGAGCGUCCCCACGCCGCCAUCCUCAAGAGGCACCCACACGCCGCUCGGCGAUCCGCUCCGGCUCCUGGCAGAUGCUUCCCAGGGACGCCACGCUCAGCAGCACGGUCCUGCGCCCGCCCUGCGGAAUGGCCAGCGUGACAGACGCUCAGACGACGACGCUGAUGACGACGAGGACGAAACCAGUCAGGAGGCCGGGCCGAGUCGUCACUCGUCUAGCACUGCCGAGUCUAUGAACGCGGCCCUGAGACGCGCAUCCAACUGGCGGGAGCGCAACCGUCGCAGCGGCUACAGCACCUACUUCCGCCACCGUAUGUUUGCCGCAAAGCCCGACUCGACCCGAUCCAUCAGCCCGGUCUCGCUCGGCCUCGUCGAUGAACAGCAGGCUGAUGAGCUGCUCGGCACGUUCAUGAAGACCUUUAAUCGCAGCUGCCACCUCCUCGACCCCGCGCUCCACACGCUGGGAGAGAUCCGCAAGCAUGCUCUGCUCUCGAGCACCAUCUUCCUCCUAUCAGCCAGGGCCAGUCGGCCCAGGUCGACCAUGGAGCCGCUAGCCCUGAGGCUAGAGCAGCACAUCAACAACUCGGUCAUACCGCACGUCCUGCUUGAAGACUGCCGCUCUCUCGAGAUCGUGCAGGCCUUUAUCCUGCUGGCGACCUACCACCCUCCGACCCGCGUGGCAAAGACCGACCGAGCAUGGUCCUACCUCGGGCACGCCGUCCGCAUCGCCACCAGCCUCGACCACGAACUGUAUGCCGAGUCGGCACAUCCCACCGUCGGCCUCUCCUCUCACCACGGCAUCGGAGGAAACGGACGGGCCGCCCGCAAUUUGCAACGCACCUGGCUGCAUCUCUGCGGGCUGGAGCAGCUCAUGGCUUCGUAUCUUGGACGGCAUGCCAUCCUCCGCCAGAUCACCCUGCUCCGCAUGCGCCCUCGAUGGUACGACGAGGCCGGUCGACUGCCAAACGACGUUGUCGUCUUCAUGAUGUGCGAGCUCAGCGUCAGGCUAGCCAAGGCUGUUGAUCUGCUCGAUACGAUCCAGGCGUCGCUGCCGUCUUCGCGCGCCGACGUGGGUCAAGACAUCGCCCGGCAUGGAGCAGAGCCGCUCAUGUCCGUCUACCAGUCCACGAUCAAGGGUGACCUCGAUGCCUGGCAUUCGCAAUGCGUCGAGAAGGCGAAAGCGGUCGAGGACAGCGGUGCAGACAGAGCAGAGAUCGCAGCCGGUCUUCAGCUGCUCGAGCUCUACCGCCACUACGCCUUUAUAUACCUGACGGCCCUCAAGAUUCAGAUGUACGACGUCGAGGAUUUCUUUGCGGCUGCGCACGUCGCAGACUUCUACCUGCACGCAGUCGCUUUCGCCAACGUCUUAGGUGAGUCGAACAGCAGGACGCUCCCGACGAUGCGCAUCGAUGGCCACGACGUCGAUGCAAUCACGUUCAGCGGCAACUCGCUCUUUGUCUGCGGGGCCUACGUCGGCGUGAUCGCGCUCAUGCUGCUGCAGCGCGCUGCCGAUCGCGUCGACCGCGCAACGAUCGUACACGCCGUCGAGACCAUCAUCGACAGGUUCCGCGGCGCUGGCAGCGUGACGCCGCACCGCAACGGGUGCGCCCUCGCCUACUCGCACUUUCUCAAGCACCAGCUGCGGCAGACGGUGCACGCCGAGGCGGUCGGUGCUGAGCCAGGACCGCCUUUGGCUGCUGCGGUGGAUGCGACGACCUCGGCUCCACUGCUGGAUCCGCUGGACACCGACGGCUUCGCGCUGUCAGACUUUGCACACGGCCUCGACGAUGGCUUGCUGAUGCUCUUGAACGCCGGCAACGGAUCCGGACCCGACUUUCCGAAUGAUGGCUUUGACGAUACAAGCUGGCUCGCCUAG